AUGAUAUUCCACAUGGAUACAUAUGGAGUCCUCAUCUUGUUCCAAAACCAAAAGAUUGGGGACCUAAAAUUUAUGUGGUUGGAUUUUGUUUCCUUGAUCUCACAUCAAACUACAAACCCCCUGAAGAACUUGUACGCUGGCUUGACGCUGGCCCAAAGCCAAUCUACAUUGGCUUUGGUGACCUUGUGCAAAUCCUAUGAGAAAGCCAGAAAGAAACUGAUGUUAUUGGAGGCUCCUAAUGUGCUUACUAUUUCAUUGAAGAGAUUUCAUUGUGCUAAAUUUGGGAAGCUGAACAAAUUGGUUGAGUUCCCAGAGAUUUUAGAAACGACUCCAUAUGUUAGUGGGUCAAGUGAUAAGUCGCCAGUUUACAGGCUUUAUGUGGUGGUGGUUCAUGUAGAUAUAAUGAAUGAUGCCUUUUCUGGUCAUUAUGUUUGCUAUGUUAAGAAUCAUCACAAUCAAUGGUUCAAAUUUAACGACACCAUGGUGAACGAGGUGGAUCUUCAACAUGUAUUAACAAAAGGCGCAUACAUGGUCUUUUAUGCAAGAUGCUCCCCACGGACCCCACGAUCAAUACGAACGUCAAUAAUCCAACAUCAAGAUGCACGAAAACACAAAACAAUCGUUCACUCCACUGAACCUUGGUAGGCUUGCAAUUACCAGCCGACUUCUUAUCUUGGUUACCGAUACCGGAGUCUGGAGUAGGAAUCUUCCUCCUCCAGUGACAACUCGGGGUUGUUCUCAGACUCAUGUUCUUGCAGCACAAAUAACAACACCCAAAAGGA